ACAGUCACUGAAACCACCCGUCAAGUGGCUUACCUGAAAAGUAGGGAUUAAUUUAAGAUUAGUGUUAAUUCCCGCUAUAUUUUUAAAUAUCAGUUGUAAAGAGUUGUUAGGGUUUAGGGGUUAGUAGAAGAAAGUAAUCGUCUAGAAAUGGAUCUGAACUUUUCAGCCUUUCAGGAGCCCCGGGGGGUCAUGAGAAUCCUACAUUUCAUAUUUUCAAUAUGUGCGUUUGCAACGAUCACAGGAUACACUGGAUACAUCAGUUUUGCAUGCAAUGGAACUGCGAAAUUGGAAUUUUCUUAUCCAUUCAGCAUUAUGGAAACAGUAGAUCUAAUUGUUUCACCAACAAACAAUUGUUCAGCUACGGUGUUAAAUGACUUUUCAUCUGACUCAAGAUUCUUUGUUGCCACAGGAGUGCUUUCAAUGUUAAUUUCUUUGGCUAUUAUAGUAGUUUACAUCAAGAUGGAUGAAGCCUAUAAGAGUAACAAAAAAUUGCCGCUUUAUGAUUUUCUGGUAACAGUAUUUUUGGCAGUUCUAUGGAUUUCAAGUAGUGCCGCAUGGGCUCAUGCAUUGUCUGCGUUAAAAACUGCUACUGGCAACCCGAUUUUUAUUCCAGCAAGCAAUUGUUGUGGGGAUAAAACUGGAACAUUCACUACCAGUUUUUCUUCUCUUAAUAUAUCUGUGAUUUUCGGAUUUCUAAACUUUUUCCUUUGGGCAGCAGACUUGUGGUUCUUAUACAAAGAAACGUCUUGGUUCCAAGGAGAUGCCCCAGCACCACCAGGAAACAGCGCACGAGAUGUGGAUCCAAGCGAUGUCUCUUACGUCUUCUACUCAAGACAAAAGAUCGAUGGAGUUCGAAUUCACUACAAUGAAGAGCCAGAUGCCAAACAUAUAGGAGACGUGUUUAAUCCCAGUUUACCAACUGUAAUACUGAUCCAUGGUUGGCAGGAUAACUACGAAGCAGAUUCUAACACUUACGUCAGAACAGCUAUCUUAUCCAAACUGAACGCUAACGUUAUUAAAGUUGAUUGGAGUCCAUUAUCCAGAUUAAUAUACUCUACAGCAAGGAACUCAGUUCCAGGAGUAGCAACUCUGGCGGCAAACCUUUUAUCAAAAGUUUCCAGUAUUUUUAAUUAUAACUUAUCAAAUGUUUACUUGGUUGGGUUUUCCUUGGGGGCACACACCGCUGGCAUAAUCGGUAAACGUCUUCCAGGACGAAUUGGUACUAUUGUAGCUUUGGACCCUGCUGGACCUGGCAUAAGCUCAUCUAACACUGAUUAUUGUGUCCAGCCAUCUGAUGCUGGUUAUGUUCAAGUUAUCCAUACUAAUGGUGGUACCUUAGGAAUGUCUGAUGCAGUUGGUCAUUCAGAUUUUUAUCCUAAUGGUGGAUCCAGACAGCCUGGAUGUGGUAUUGAUUUGAUAGGCGGUUGUGCUCAUAAUAGAGCCUGGGAAUUUUUUGUAGAGUCAGUUCUUAAUAACAGCUUUGUCUCUUUGGGUUGUAAUAGCUGGAACAACUUUAGAAGUAGAAAUUGCCCGAAUGGUAGAAGCCUUAUGGGUGGACUAUUGGCAAUCAAUAGAAAUGCGAGAGGAUUAUUCUAUUUGGAAACUAACAGUGCAUCGCCCUAUGGACAAGGGAAUCCUUAGACAACAAUCCAAUGAUUUUAUAGUUGUUAUUAAAUAAAGGCCUAUAUAUACAAUUAAACACGUAUUUAAAAAAAUA